AGUCGAGCGUUUGCAUUUUUCGGGAGCAGUAACAAUUAAAACUAACGACCGAUUGGAGGUACCACACCAUUCCCGAUCCCGUGUGUGAUAUAAUGGCAGACAACAGGCACAGCUCGGGGUGGCUGCUGCAGCUCUUUCUGGCUGUUUCAUUGCUGGCUUCAUUACCGGAGGGAGGCGCAACAGGAGGCAUACCCCCAGAGGCGCCACUGCCAGGGCAGGAAGUUUUGGCUGCAGUGCCCGCAUCAGGACGCGUCAGUUUUUUGCUUUACCAAUUAGCCUUGGCCAUAAAUUCAGCGGCCACGGGCCUGGAACCUCAGACGAUACAGGAAGUCGAAUGGGAGGUGGAGCAGGAACACCAAGAGGAGCUGUUUCAGGAGUGGAACACGGUCACGGAUCCCCACUGGCUGGCCGCAAUGGCAAAUGAGUAUCAGAAUGUGCCGGUAUAUGAGACUUUCCAAGGGGACCUGCAGCACUGGCUAAUGGAUAGUUAUGGCCUGAGUGCCACGGAUGUGUACCGCAGCUGGAAUGGGAUGGAACGGGCCCGCGCCAGGGGCGGCCCGAGUACUCCCACCCAAGUGAUCUGCUCCGCCGAUGGACAGUGCUAUCAAGUGAGCCAAAUCGUCACCGCCUGCUGUCCGUUCUGAGCACUCAAUAAAUGCGUUGCAAAAACAAUCGAAA